GAUUUCACCUCUCCUUUUAGAAAUUAGCUACCUACCCUCCAGAACCCGAUUUCAAUCCCUUGGAUCUGUACUGUACCUUCUUGAUGAGCCCGACGAUCAUGCGUGUCGCGUAUGCUUUCACGCCCCGCGCCCAGUAGCAGAGCCCACCGAGCAGCCCGUGCCGAGGGUGGAGGAGGUAGCCAUGCUCGCCCGUGCGCGGCUCGGGCGCGGCCGCCGCCGAGCCGAUCUUGACCUCGCGCCGGUUACGCACGCGCGUCAUCUCGCGCCGGUGGUCGGCGAGGUCCCACUCGCCCGCGCCAUGCUCCCGGCCCGCCCAUGCACUGGCCCAUCCUCGUCGACGGUCGCCUCCGUGCGCUGCCUCUUCGGCUCGAGCACGCUGCGCAGCCUCUCCACCUCCUCCUCUGCAGCCUCGUGCGCCCGCUGCGCGAUAAGCGCGGCCGCGUUCGCUUCCUUUGCGCGCGCCUUGGCCGACUCGAGCUGCAUCAUCUGGCCUCGAGGAUAGUCGGAUCGACGCCAGUAGAAGAGCCGGCAGCAGACGGCUGCUCCACAGCUGACUGCGCAGCCAACACCGCCUCGAUGCAGCGAGCGUGUUCGCUCUGGAUAUUCUCAGCGAGCUUCUCGGCCGCCACGAUGUAGUCGGGCACCGCAGCUGAGUCGUCGGCAGAUUUCCUGUUGAGGCCGACGAUGCCGAUCUUCUCGCUGGCUUUCGCAUGCGACGCUCGGCACCACAAGUUGCAGCGGACGCAGCCGGUGCCGCCGUUGUGCGACGUGUCGAUGCGUGCAGGCGGCUUCACGACAACGAGAGCGUCGAGCCGAGCGGAUUGAACGCGCGCCCGCAGUCGCGCCGCUCUUUUGAACGUGGGGGUCGUGGCUCGCAGGGCGCACGUGCGCUAAACGUGGCAUCCGCGUCGAGAGCUUGGGCGGCGAGAGAGGAUCGCAGCCGCCAUGGUCGGCGAGGACGCGGAGCGUCAGAGGCCGCCGCCGCCCAGCGUCGCGGCCUUUGCAGCCACCGCAGCCACCGCAGCCUCCCGCGAGGCGUCGGCUGUCGACGCGCGCUUCCGCGUGCUGCCCUCCGGCGUCCUCGGCUUCCGCAUGCCCGACACCAAGGCGGGGAAGCCCGUGUGGCUCGACGUCGUUAAGCGCGUCAAGCUCUGCCCGUGCGGCCAUUCCAUGACGCAGAUGCACCACUGGCGGUGCGCCGCCCGCCCGCGCGCCAAGCCGUCGUGGGUCGCGUGCCAGUGCGACGCCAAGGGCCUGUACACCGACCUCAAGGCGAAGCCUUCGCUGCCGGAGGGCGUCGCCGUGCCCCCGUACGCGAGCGUCCUCUGGCGCGACGGCACGCCCAAGCGGCUCCAGCCGAUGAACGUCCUCGCGGUGAAGGUGCCCGGCAAGCCCAAGGAGCACGAGGUCUGGAUCGACGCCGAGGGCAGAGCGCGCUGCGCGCACGGCUUCACGGAGAGCGCGCUCUCGAAGGUGCACCAAGAGCGGAAGCGCUGCGCCGCGUCGAAGAUCCAGCAGUGGUGGCGACAGCUGGGCCGCGCCGAGCGCGCCAGCGUGCGGGCGGCCCUGCUGCACGCGGCGCCGUCGGAGGCGUUGAAGCGCGCCGCAGCCGCCUGGCGGCGCGACAGCGCGCGACGACGCGCCGCACCCAUCGUCCACGCGGGCGCCAAGAGAGCGCGGGGUCGCGCCGCCGUCGAGCCGUGCGGCUGCCGCCCGGGAGGCCUGCGCCGCGACGUCUUCGGCACCAUGCAGCGCGCCUCGCGCACUUCGCGCCUUGCGACGAGAUGUGCGACGCGCGACUCCCCGCUGCCGCCGGAGUGCCGAGGCAGCAAGAGGGCGCGCGCCGUCGGCUCCGAAGACGACGUUGCGGCGGCGAUGGCGACGGCGACGGCGGCGGCCGAGGUGCCCACGCGGACCGGCGCAGCCCACGCGGCCGAGGAUGCGACCCAGCGCAAGCGCGCGCGGCUCGUCGAGCUCGCCUGCAACCAGUGAAGCGCGCACCGUCGCCGGCGUCGCACUGCGUCCUCCGCCUUCGCCUCCGCCUCGCUCGACGCAGCACGCGACGCUCGCCGAGCAGCGCGUCCCGCACGCCUGCGGCG